AUGGCUGGUUUGCAGUUGCAGUCAUCCCAAAGAGAGGCCGUGAUAGUCGCUGUCGAUGCAAAUAGGAGUAAAGGAAGUGUGGAAGCCGUCGAAUGGGCUCUCAAACAUAUCGUUAAACCCGGUGACACCAUCCUUGUUUUAGUUGUUUUCACUGAUCACCAUGCCAAGAAGAACUCAUGCUUUCUGUUUAAGUUGCUCACGGGUCUCCGCGCCUCUGGAAUAUGGGAGAGAUCAGUAUUCAUUGACCACGAGGAAGUGGAUCCUGUCGAUCUUGGAGAAGAAAUCCAGCGAAAAAGAGGACAAUACCGGACCAGCCUUCAGCCUUUAUAUAGUCACUGCACAAAGAAUGAGGUGAGGUUGGUGUUUAAGCUUGCAGUCGGGUUUUGUCCCGCGACACUGGCAAUUAAGGAAUCACAGAACCUUAAUACCCGUUGGAUUGUAUUAGACUGUCACUUUAGGAAAUUGAAAGUUUAUCUACGAGGACGUGUAAGGUGCAACAUUGCAGUAGUAAAGGAAAAAGAUUUUGCUAGCUUGAUGCUAUCGAAUGAUACACAGCCUGCUGAGAUUUGCCCGAGCAAUCCUGAGCCAAAUUAUGAUUCAGCAGCUCCUGUAGAGCAUCCUCGGGAAGAGCAUAGUAAAGAUUUCAGUGCUUGCAAGUUAAGAAAUAUAAGUGCACCCGCACCAUAUCCUCAGAAUCCUUGUUGCUAUCCUCUGUCUUGGAGAAGUGGUUUUCCUCGGGCGUUUUCUUACAACGAACUUGAAGUGAUAACGAAUGGCUUUGCUGAUGAUAACAUUACAGUAGUUGUGGAUGACAUAGCAGUUCAUCAGGGGCUAUUACAAGAAACACCUGUUCUAGUAAAGUCUUUACAGAAAACAAACAAAGGCUUCUGGUCAAUCCUACAGAUCUUUUCCCGGGUGAGCCACCGCAACAUCUCAAACCUUGUUGGGUACUGCAGCACAGGCGUUUCUGCAUUCUUGCUUUUUGACUUCCCUUGUUUGGGUACCGUUGACAUGAACUUGCAAUGUGAUGAGCUGGCCGAGAAACUGGGGUGGGGAGUGAGGUGGUCUAUCGCUCUAGAAAUAGGCCGAAGCUUGCGUUAUCUCCAUGAGGAGUGUGUUGAUGGAUCUAUUGUUCACAAAAAUGUUCGUGCUUUCAGCGUUGCUCUUUCUCAUGGUUACUCCGCAAUGCUCUGCAACUUCAUAUCUGCUGAGUGGCUUAAGAAUUCCCCUCCGACUAAAGAUUCGAUAGCCAAAUAUGACAAGCGCCAUUUUGGCGAUGUACAAGAUUAUGGAAAAUUCCUACUGGAGCUUAUUACUGGAAAGUGUGUAAGUCCGGUUCACGACCAAGGGAAGGACCAGUCCAUGAUUGAAUGGGCACUGCCACUUCUAGAAAAUGGUGACUUUGGUGAACUGAUGGACUGCAGAUUGACGGAAACUGCUGGUGAAGCUAGGAUGGUCCAGUAUAUGGCUCGCGCAGCGUUGCACUGCCUAAAAGUUGAUUCAGAUCACAAACUUUGUAUAAGUGAGGCCAUAGCCAUUGUUCGAGGUGAUGAACUUGCGGUUUUUAGCCACUGCAAAACUGAAAAAAGUCAACGAGAUUGA